AAACUGGGUUACACAUCUAAAUAAUUUUUACUUUAUGAUAGUAUCAUAGAGCAAUGAAAGGUUGUGUUGCAUUUUCUAAUUUAAAUUAAAACGAUUAAAACGAACUUUCCUGGUAUUCUGCAAAUUAUUACGUUCAACAAAUAUAAGGUAAACUAUUACUGAUUAAAAAUGGCCGAUUCCAGUGAUUUGGAUCGGCAAAUCGAGCAAUUGAAAAAAUGCGAAAUCAUAAAGGAAGCAGAAGUAAAGGCUCUUUGUGCAAAAGCCCGUGAGAUUCUCAUAGAAGAGAGUAAUGUGCAAAGAGUUGACUCUCCAGUUACUGUUUGCGGUGACAUUCAUGGUCAGUUUUAUGAUCUGAAGGAAUUAUUUAAAGUAGGAGGCGAUGUACCAGAAACGAAUUAUCUAUUUAUGGGCGAUUUUGUUGAUCGAGGCUUUUACAGUGUCGAAACUUUCUUACUUCUUCUUGCUCUCAAAGUUCGUUAUCCAGACAGAAUCACGUUAAUUCGAGGAAAUCACGAAUCAAGACAAAUUACUCAAGUGUAUGGCUUUUAUGACGAAUGUUUACGAAAAUAUGGCAGCAAUACAGUGUGGCGUUAUUGCACAGAGAUUUUCGAUUAUUUAUCAUUGUCCGCUAUCAUUGAUGGGCGAAUAUUUUGUGUUCAUGGUGGUCUUUCUCCUAGUAUACAGACACUUGAUCAAAUUCGUACAAUUGACAGGAAACAGGAGGUACCUCAUGAUGGACCAAUGUGUGAUCUUUUAUGGUCAGAUCCUGAAGAUACUCAAGGUUGGGGUGUAUCACCUCGAGGAGCUGGAUAUUUAUUUGGCAGCGAUGUUGUAGCACAAUUUAAUUCUGCCAAUGACAUUGACAUGAUUUGUCGAGCUCAUCAGCUGGUAAUGGAAGGAUACAAAUGGCAUUUUAAUGAGACUGUUUUAACCGUUUGGUCUGCGCCUAAUUAUUGUUAUAGAUGUGGAAACGUGGCUGCGAUUUUAGAAUUAAACGAACUUCUUCAAAGGGACUUCACGAUAUUUGAAGCUGCUCCCCAAGAAAGCAGAGGAAUUCCAAGCAAAAAGCCACAAACUGACUACUUUUUGUGAAUGCAUUGAUUAUUAUUUUAUAGCCAAAUUUUUCAUGGCUUAAUGGACAAUGAAGUUUUAAGAUUUUCAGUACUUCUCUAUAAAGCAUUUAUCCAAUUUUGAAUGUUUCUCAUUUUGGAUGUAAAAUAAACACCGAGAAAAGAAAAAAAAAUUUUUUUUUGUGUACAUAGUCGAAUCUAAAUACUUAUAAUAUUCGAUGCAAUUAAUAAUUAAUAAACAUGAUAAAUUUCAAUUAUUAAAUUUUAAUAUUAAAAUUAAUUGAAACGAAUAAAAAGUUAUGAAAAUAAAGGAAUUUGCUUUUAAACUUUUCUAUAUAUUGUUUUAAAAUUAACCUUUUUUUUAACGAUGACUUAGAGAUUUGUACUGAGAAUCAUAAGACACAAAUUUAUUUCAUUGAAUUGUUAUUAUAAUCGGAGUUUGAAGUUAAGUGUGUCUUUUGUGACUCAUUGUGUAUCUUCAAAAAAACAAAUUUUUUUUUUUGUACUAUAUACAAGAGAAUGUCUGAGUUUAUAGUAUUUAAUUGACUUAAAAUAUAUAACGCGUCAUAGUAAAUCUUUUUUUCUCUUUUUUAAAAGUACAUAUCUGUAGUUCGACAUUGAAAUUAAUACUUUUUUUUUGCUCGCUUAGUCUUUGACUGAAUUUUUAUCGAAUAAAAUUAAUGACAGAAUA